AUGGCGUCAGGCAGAGGGAAUGGCGUGGUGGUGCUCUACACUGUGGGGGCAGCAGGCGCGGGGUAUGUGUACCUGCGCAUAUUCAAGGGCUGGCGACUCAGCGACCUCAUGUAUGUCACGCGCUCGUCCCUCACCAAGAGCAUGUCCUCCGUCACAGCAGGUGUGGACAGCCUGUCACAGCGGUUGAGCAGCAUGCGGACCUUUGUGCAGCAGCAAGUGUCUGCACUCACAAAGAAGCAGGAUGACACCCUGGCGGCGCAAGCAGCCUUGGAAAAGCAGAUGAGCGCGGUGGGCGAUGACGUGGACGACACUCGCAGCAAAGUUGAUGAGGUGCACUCGUCGGUGAGGGACCUGGAAGGCAGCAUGGCGCAGCUCAGAGAGCACCAGAUGUCAGCCAACACCGGCAUCUACCUCCUCUGCAGAGUGGUGGGCGAUCUGAUGAAGAGCGCGGGCCACCGCAUGGGAUCCGUGAAGGAGCUGGACACAUACAUCCGUGACCCGCGCGCAAUAUCCGGCCACGUGCAGGGGCUGGAGGGCUUGUUGCAGAAUGUGGAGGAGGAGGCAUCGCGGGAGGGGCACUUUGAAAGGCUGCCUGCUCUGAAUGGGGCGCCAUCCGCGCCGUCAAGCACCGGGCGCCACGGCAAGCUGGGCAGUGCAGCAGACUGGUUGCACAUGGCCAGGGCGCCCACUGCCUGA